UAAUAUCGGCAGGACAGGAGAAGCACUGCUCAGCUGCCUGCUGUCAGUGGUGGCUUUCGGAGUCUAGGCAGGCUCUUCUACAGCCAUGGCCGAAGGUGGUGAAGGGGAAGAUGAGGUUCAGUUCUUACGAACUGAUGAUGAGGUGGUACUGCAGUGUGUCGCCGCCAUUCAGAAGGAGAAUCGCAAAUUCUGCCUAUCAGCAGAGGGACUCGGCAACCGCCUGUGUUAUCUAGAGCCCACAUCAGAGGCGAAGUAUUUUCCUCCUGACCUAUGCAUCUGUAACUUUGUGCUGGAGCAGUCACUCUCAGUGCGGGCUCUACAGGAGAUGCUCGCCGGGCAGAACGGUGAAGGAGCAGCACAGGGAGGUGGUCAUCGGACACUGCUCUACGGUCACGCCAUCCUCCUUAGGCAUUCCUUCAGUGGAAUGUAUCUGACAUGUCUGAAGACUUCCAGGUCUCUGACAGACAAACUGUCUUUUGAUGUUGGCCUUCAAGAGGAUUCAACUGGGGAAGCUUGUUGGUGGACAAUUCACCCGGCAUCCAAGCAGAGGUCAGAGGGUGAGAAGGUGCGCAUUGGAGAUGACCUCAUCUUGGUCAGCGUGUCCUCUGAGAGGUACCUGCACCUCUCCAUCUCCAAUGGAAGCAUUCAAGUGGAUGCCUCAUUCAUGCAAACACUGUGGAACGUUCAGCCUACCUGCUCCAGAAGCAACUUGGAAGUGGGGUUUCUUUUGGGUGGGCAUGUGAUACGCUUGUUCCGUGGGCACGACGAGAGUCUCACCAUUCCAGAAUCCGAGCAAAGCCAAGACCAACAGAGAUGCAUACUCACAGGGGAGUCUUUUUUCCUGAAUUGCAGCUGGAGCGGGAGUCACAUCAGAUGGGGUCAGCCCUUCCGCCUCCGCCAUCUCUCCACCGGUUACUACCUGGGCCAGACAGAGGACCAUGGCCUGAUACUGCUGGACAAAGAGAAGUCUGACACCACUGCAACAGCCUUCUGUUUCCGGCCAAGCAAGGAAAAGAUUGACUCCGGCCCAAAGCGUGAUAUUGAUGGUAUGGGGGUCGCAGAGAUCAAAUACGGCGAUUCGGUCUGCUUCAUCAUGCAUGUGUCCACGGGGCUGUGGUUGUCCUACCUGGCACCUGACGCCAAAUCUUCUCGCCUGGGACCACCAAAGAGAAGGGCUGUCCUGUCUCCUGAAGGCCAUAUGGAUGACGGGCUGACUCUGCAGCUUUGCCAGCACGAGGAGUCCCGGGCGGCUCGCAUCAUUCGUAAUACCACCCACCUCUUCACUCAGUUCAUCAGGGGUCUGGAUGGUUUGAAUGGGGAGAAGACAACAGAGGUGACACUGCCUGUGUGUGAAGUGCUGCAGACACUCGAUGACCUCAUUGUGUACUUCCAGCAGCCUGACUCUGAGCUCGAACAUGAGGAGAAACAGAGGCAGCUCCGAUCUCUCAUCAAGCGCCAAGAUCUCUUCAAAGAAGAGGGAAUGCUAACCCUGGUCUCACACUGCAUCGAUCGCCUAAACGUGUACAACAGUGCCGCUGAGUUUGAGGAAUUAGCAGGCGAAGAAGCUGGAGAGGCGUGGAAGGACAUUCUCAACCUCCUCUAUGAGCUUCUGGCCACUCUGAUUCGAGGCAACAGGACCAACUGCACACAGUUCUCUCGCAAGCUGGAUUGGCUAGUCAGCAAGCUAGAGCGGCUGGAGUCCUCAUCAGGCAUUUUAGAGGUGCUUCAUUGUAUCCUAAUCGAGAGUCCAGAAUCUCUGAACAUCAUCCAGAAGGCCCACAUCAAAUCCAUUAUUUCUCUGCUGUACAAGCAUGGACGCAACCACAAGAUUCUAGAUGUUCUCUGUUCCCUGUGUGUCUGCAAUGGUGUGGCUGUGAGAGCCAAUCAGAAUUUCAUCUGUGACCACCUGCUUCCCAGGAGAGACCUACUGCUCCAGACACGACUGGUCAAUGAUGUCCAAAGUAUGAGACCCAACAUCUUCCUGGGCAUGAGUGAGGGCUCGGCACAGUAUAAGAAAUGGUACUUUGAGCUGAUCAUCGAUCAAGUAGACCACUAUGUGACCAAUGAGCCCACCCACCUUCGUGUUGGCUGGGCCACCACCAAAGGCUACGCCCCCUAUCCUGGGGGUGGAGAGGGCUGGGGAGGAAAUGGUGUGGGUGACGAUCUUUACUCCUAUGGUUUUGAUGGGCUUCAUCUGUGGUCAGGGCGAAUCCCACGGGCCGUGGCCUCUAUUAACCAGCACUUGCUGAAUUCAGAUGAUGUUGUGAGCUGUUGUCUUGAUCUCGGAGCCCCUAGCAUGUCUUUCCGAAUUAACGGUCAGCCUGUUCAAGGCAUGUUUGAAGACUUCAACAUAGAUGGCUUCUUCUUUCCCGUCAUCAGUUUCUCUGCAGGGGUCAAGGUCCGUUUCUUGUUGGGUGGUCGCCAUGGAGACUUUAAGUUCCUGCCUCCAGCAGGCUAUGCACCAUGUUAUGAAGCCCUGCUUCCCAAAGAAAAGAUGCGUGUGGAGCCUGUGAAGGAGUAUAAAAGAGACCUGGAGGGAGUGAGAGAUCUGCUGGGCACCACAGAGUUCCUGUCCCAGGCUUCCUUCAUUCCUGUUCCUGUUGACACCAGCCAGAUUGUCCUGCCUCCGCAUCUUGAACAUGUGCGGGACAAGUUAGCUGAGAACAUCCAUGAGCUCUGGGGCAUGAACAAAAUAGAGCUUGGCUGGAUGUAUGGCAAGGUCCGAGAUGACAACAAGAGACAGCACCCUUGUCUUGUUGACUUCUCUAAACUGCCAGAAACAGAAAAGAAUUAUAACCUGCAAAUGUCAACUGAAACUUUGAAGACCCUACUUGCUUUGGGAUGCCAUGUCGCACAAGUCAAUAUGAAUGCUGAAGACGACCUGAAAAAAAUGAAACUCCCCAAGAACUACAUGAUGGCAAAUGGUUAUAAACCUACACCACUGGACCUCUCUGAUGUAAAACUGACACCUGGUCAAGAGGUUCUAGUUGAUAAACUGGCUGAAAAUGCUCAUAAUGUUUGGGCCAAAGAUCGCAUAAAACAAGGAUGGACCUAUGGUAUUCAGCAGGAUUUGAAAAACCGUCGGAAUCCACGUCUGGUGCCAUAUGCUUUAUUAGAUGAACGCACUAAGAAAUCAAAUAGAGACAGUCUUCGAGAGGCCAUUCGUACUCUGGUUGGAUAUGGAUAUUUCAUAGACCCACCUGAUCAAGAGACUGCUCACACAGUAGAGAAGGAAGGUAUCGAAUCCAUCCGUCUCUUCCGUGUGGAGAAGAUCUACGCUGUGAAGACAGGGAAGUGGUAUUUUGAGUUUGAGGCGCUCACUGGAGGUGACAUGCGGGUGGGCUGGGCACGGCCCGGAUGCAGACCUGAUAAAGAACUGGGACUAGAUGACCAGUCCUUCGUCUUUGAUGGCUACAGGGGCCGCCGGGUUCAUAUGGGCAGUCAUUUCUUUGGGAGGACGUGGAAUAAAGGAGAUGUGGUGGGCUGCAUGAUCAACAUGGAGGACAAAUCCAUGAUAUUCACCUUGAAUGGAGAGAUCUUAAUCACCAACAAGGGCUCUGAGCUCUGCUUUGCCGACUUUGAAACUGAAGAUGGAUUCAUCCCAGUGUGCAGCCUGGGUCUUUCCCAAAUUGGCCGCAUGAAUUUAGGAAAAGCCGCUAGUAGUUUUAAGUACUACACUAUGUGUGGCCUUCAGGAGGGCUUUGAACCCUUUGCUGUCAACAUGAAUCGAGAGGUCACCAUGUGGUUCAGCAAACGCCUGCCUACGUUUGUUAAUGUACCAGAGGACCAUCCCCAUAUUGAGGUCACUAGAAUAGAUGAGACUGUGGACACACCUCCAUGUCUAAAGGUAACACACAAGACAUAUGGGACCCAGACCAGCAAUGAUGACAUGGUCUGUUGUCGUCUAAGCAUGCCUGUUGAGUUCCACUCUGGCCCUCGGAAGACAACUGAUAUCAAUGAGGUGAUCGCUGAGGACCAAAGAGCCAAGAAGGAUGAUGGAGGCAAGACUGAUUAUGGCAGCAUUACAAAGCACUUCUACUCUGUGAGAGUGUUUGCUGGACAAGAUCCAUCGUCCGUUUGGGUGGGCUGGGUGACACCAGACUACCACUACUACAGCAAAUACUUCAGCCUCAGCACAGUUCGCACUGUCACUGUAACGCUGGGAGAUGAGCGGGGACGUGUUCACGAGAGUGUGAGGAGGAGUAAUUGUUACAUGGUCUGUGCUGGUGAUGUUGUCAGCGGCUCCACAGGCCGUAGUAACACUGAUCUGGAGAUUGGCUGCUCCAUAGACCUGGCCUCAGGCCUGGUUUCAUUCACUGCCAAUGGCAGAGAUCUGCCUACUGCAUACCAGGUUGAGCCUAACACGAAGCUCUUCCCUGCUGUGUUUGUUCAACCUACGAGUCCCAACCUCUUCCAGUUUGAGUUUCCAAAAAUCCCAGAUGCAAUGCCCCUGUCUUCAGCCAUCUUUAAGAGUUUACAAAGAAACCCAGAGCCCCAGUGUCCUCCUCGGCUGGAUGUGCAGACACUUGUGUCUGUGCUGUGGAGCAGAAUGCCCAACACCUUCCUGUCUGUGGAGACGGCCCGCGUGAGUGAGAGGCAUGGCUGGGUGGUGCAGUGUCUAGAGCCCUUGCAGAUGAUGGCUGUUCAUAUCCCAGAGGAGAACAGGUGUAUCGACAUCAUGGAACUAUCAGAAAAUGAAGAUCUACGGCAGUUCCACUAUCACACUUUAAAACUCUUCUGUGCCCUAUGUGCCCUGGGCAACACCCGCAUUGCACACGUCCUCUGUAGUCAUUUUGACCAAUCGCAGCUCUUAUACACCAUUGAUAACCAGUACCUGUCUGGUCAACUGCGUGAAGGCUUUUAUGAUGUCCUCAUCAGCAUUCACCUGGAGACGGCCAAAGAGGCCCAUCUCAUGAUGAACAAUGAGUUUAUAAUCCCAGUAACGGACGAGACGAGGAGCAUCCGCCUCUUCCCUGAUGACUCUAAGCGCCACUCUCUUCCUGGCGUAGGCUUAAGCACUUCACUUGCCCCUCGUUUCAACUUCACCCCUCCGUGUUUCAUUACCCCCAAGCGCGAUCAGCCUCUCUUCAGCCCACAGAUCCCCCUGGGUAUCCUGAAGGAGAAAGCCAUCAGCAUGCUUACGGAAGCCGUUCAGGGCGGAGGUGCCCACAUUCGAGAUCCUGUGGGUGGAAGCGUUGAGUAUCAGUUUGUGCCGAUUCUCAAGCUGAUUGGCACCCUGCUGAUAAUGGGGGCGCUGACCAGUGAGGAGGUGAGGACCAUCCUGCUUCUCAUUGACCCCAGUGUGUUUGAGGACAGUAAGGAGGAGGAGGAACAGACAGCAGUGGCAGAACAGGGAGCCGAGAAAGAGGAGGCCACCAGUAAUGAAGAGAAGGCUGUGGAGGCUGGAGAGGAAGAGAGUAAAGAGGCCAAGCAGCCUCCCAAAGGUCUACUGGAGAAAAGUUUGCCUGAAUCGGUCAAACGGCAGAUGUGUGAACUGCUACACUAUUUCUGUGACUGUGAGCUGAAGCAGCGCAUUGAAGCUAUAGUGGCCUUCUCAGAUGAUUUCGUGUCCAAGCUGCAAUACAAUCAGAAGUUCCGCUACAACGAGUUGAUGCAAGCCCUCAACAUGUCAGCUGCUGUCACUGCCAAGAAGACAAGAGAGUUCCGCUCACCUCCCCAAGAGCAGAUAAAUAUGUUGUUGAACUUCAGUGCUGGUGAUGAUUGCACCUGCCCUGAGGAGCUGCAAGAGGAGCUUCAAGGCUUCCAUGAUGACCUGCGACUGCAUUGUGGCAUCCCUAUGGAGGAGGAAGAGGAGGAGCAGGACACAUCUCUUAAAGGCCGCCUAAUGUCCCUGGUAUACAAGAUUAAAGGUCGUCCCCAAAAAACUGAGGAAAAACCAACAGAGCAAGAACAGGCUGCUCCUACCAACCUGAAGGAGCUGAUAUCUCAGACUAUGGUCACAUGGGCUCAGGAGUGCAAGAUCCAAGACCCGGCACUGGUCCGCAGCAUGUUCAGCCUUUUGAGAAGGCAGUAUGAUGGCAUCGGUGAGCUGCUCAGGGCCUUGAGGAAGAGCUACACCGUCAGUGCCAAGUCUGUAGGGGACGCGACAAACCUGUUGGCCUCACUGGGCCAGAUCCGUUCACUACUCAGCGUCCGCAUGGGGGAAGAGGAGGGCCAGCUCAUGAUCGAUGGCCUGGGGGACAUCAUGAACAACAAAGUGUUUUACCAGCAUCCAAAUCUGAUGCGUGUUCUUGGCAUGCAUGAGACAGUAAUGGAGGUCAUGGUCAAUGUGCUGGGAGGAGACAAGAAUAAGGAGAUUGCCUUCCCCAAGAUGGUGGCCAGCUGUUGUCGCUUCCUAUGCUACUUCUGUCGCAUCAGCCGUCAGAACCAGAAGGCUAUGUUUGACCACCUGAGCUACCUCCUGGAGAACAGCAGUGUGGGGCUGGCAUGCCCAGCCAUGAGAGGAUCCACACCUUUAGAUGUGGCUGCCUCCUCUGUAAUGGACAACAACAGUUUAGCUCUGGCACUUGAAGAACCUGAUCUUGAGAAGGUGGUGACAUAUCUGGCAGGCUGUGGUUUACAGAACUGCCCAAUGCUCAUUGCCAGGGGAUACCCAGAUAUCGGCUGGAACCCAAUAGAAGGAGAACGCUAUUUGUCCUUCCUACGGUUUGCUGUCUUUGUCAAUGGUGAAAGUGUUGAAGAGAACGCUAAUGUAGUGGUGAAGCUUUUGAUCAGGCGUCCGGAGUGCUUUGGACCUGCUCUCAGAGGAGAGGGAGGGCAAGGUUUACUCGCUGCCAUGAAGGAAGCCAUCAAGAUCUCAGAAGAUCCUGCUUUAGAUCUGCCUAAUUUACCCGAGGGGUCUGCACCCACCGUCGGAGAGGAUGAAGAGGAGGAGGAGGUCGCCCACAUGGGCAACUCUAUUAUGUCCUUCUACUCAGCCCUUAUUGAUCUUCUGGGUCGCUGUGCACCUGAGAUGCAUCUUAUAAACAAAGGCAAAGGUGAAGCACUGCGUAUCCGUGCCAUCCUCCGUUCCUUAGUUCCCACUAAGGAUUUGGUUGGAAUUAUCAGUAUUCCACUCAAAAUGCCAGUCGUCAAUAAAGAUGGCACUGUGACAGAGCCAGAUAUGAAUGCCAGCUUCUGUCCAGAGCUCAAGGCACCCAUGGUGCUUUUCCUGGACCGUGUCUAUGGCAUUGACGACCAAAGCUUCUUGAUGCACCUGCUGGAGGUGGGCUUCCUGCCAGACCUGCGAGCAUCAGCCUCCCUGGACUCGGAGGUGCUCAGGUCCACAGAGACAGCCCUGGCCAUGAACCGCUACAUUGGAUCCGCAGUGCUUCCUCUGUUGACCCGCUGCGCUCAUCUGUUCGCUCACACUGAGCACUAUGCAAUGCUCGUUGACUCCACGCUGCACACUAUCUAUCGCCUCUCAAAGGGCCGAUCACUCACCAAGGCCCAGAGAGAUGCUAUUGAUGAAUGUCUACUGGCCAUCUGCAAGCACCUGCGGCCAUCAAUGCUACAGCAGCUUUUGCGUCGUCUUGUAUUUGAUGUUCCACAGCUUACAGAGUACUGCAAGAUGCCCAUUAAUCUUUUGACCAAUCACUAUGAGCAGAACUGGAAGUACUACUGUCUGCCAACAGGCCUGGGCAGCUAUGGAAUGGCAUCAGAGGAGGAACUCCACCUCACCAAGAAACUCUUCUGGGGACUUUUUGAUGCUCUUUCUCAAAAGAAAUAUGACGCAGAGCUUUUCAAAAUGGCCAUGCCGUGUCUGAGUGCCAUAGCUGGUGCCAUACCACCUGACUACGUCGACUCCAGUCCAGGUUCCACAUUAGUUAAGCAGGCCUCUGUGGAUGCGCAAGGCAACUUUGACCCUCAGCCUAUUAACACUGCUAACAUCUCGCUGCCUGAAAAGCUAGAUUACAUUGCAAGCAAGUUUGCUGAGCAUUCCCAUGAGAAAUGGUCCUCUGAGAAGAUCGCUCUUGGCUGGACUGCGGGAGAUAAAGUAGAUGACAAAGCUAAAACUCAUCCACUGCUGAAACCGUACAAAGCACUGAGUGAAAAGGAAAGGGAGACUUACCGCUAUCCUGUGAAAGAGACUCUAAAGAGCAUGUUGGCAAUGGGAUGGAACAUUGAGAGGACCAAAGAAGGAGAGGCCAUGUUCCAGCAAAGGGAAACCGAAAAACAGCGCAAGAUAUCAGAGUCCUCACAGGGUGAGUUUAUUCCAGCCCCACAAGAUUUGGAAAAUGUUAUUCUAUCAAGAGAACUACAGGCGAUGGUUGAAACAGUUGCAGAAAAUUACCACAACAUUUGGGCAAACAAGAAGAAAAAGGAACUUGGCAGUAAAGGAGGAGGAAGUCAUCCAUUGUUGGUACCGUACGACACGCUGACGGCAAAGGAGAAGUACAGAGAUCGAGAAAAGGCCCAGGAACUCUUUAAAUUCCUGCAGGUCAAUGGAUACGCCAUCAGCAGAGGUCUGAAGGACAUGGAGCAGGAUUCCUCUUCUAUGGAAAAGAGGAUUGCCUAUAAGUUCCUCAAGAGGCUCUUGAAUUAUGUAGAUUCUGCACAGGAGUUUAUCGCUCAUCUUGAGGCUAUGGCUUCCAGUGGGAAGACAGAAAAAUCUCCCCAUGAUCAAGAGAUCAAGUUUUUUGCUAAGGUUCUGCUGCCCCUCCUAGACCAGUACUUCAAAAACCACUGCUUGUACUUUCUGUCAUCCCCCAACAUCAGCCUGAGCAGCAGUGGCUAUGCAUCCAACAAAGAGAAGGAGAUGAUCACCAGUCUAUUCUAUAAGCUGGCAGCCCUUGUCAGACAUAGAAUAUCACUCUUUGGAAGUGACUCCACCACCAUGGUGAGCUGCUUGCACAUCCUGUCACGCUCACUGGACUUCAGGACUGUGAUGAAGUCUGGCUCAGAGCUGGUGAAGGCUGGUGUCAGGACAUUCUUCGAGAAUGCAGCAGAAGACCUGGAGAAGACUCUGGAGAACUUAAAGCUGGGGAAGUUGGGUCAGUCACGCACCCAGAUGAAGGGCGUUACGCACAUCAUCAGCUACACCUCAGUGGCCCUGCUGCCCAUCCUGACGGUGCUUUUUCAGCAUAUCACCCAACACCAGUUUGGAGCAGAGCUGCUUUUGGAUGACAUUCAGCAGUCCUGCUACCGCAUCCUGACCAGCCUCUACUCUUUGGGCACUGGCAAGAACAUCUAUGUGGAAAAACAGCUUCCAGUGCUGGGUGAAUGUUUAUCUACUCUGGUUGGAGCCAUGCCUGUUGCAUUCCUGGAACCCCACCUAAAUAUGCACAAUUCCCAAUCUGUCUUCAACACCAAGACACCAAGGGAACGAGCUAUUUUGAGCAUGCCAGACACUGUGGAUGAGAUGUGUCCUGAGAUGCCCCAUCUGGACGGCCUGAUGAAGGACAUUGGUGACAUUUCUGAAUCCGGAGCACGCUACACAGAGAUGCCACAGGUCAUUGAGGUCAUCCUGCCCAUGUUGUGUAACUACCUGUCUUACUGGUGGGCAAAAGGCCCAGAAAGCUCCCCAGCUAAUACCAAUUGCAGCACAACUGUCACAUCUGAGCAUCUCAGUCUAAUUCUGGGCAAUAUCCUUAAGAUUCUCAAUAACAACCUUGGCAUUGACAACGCCCUGUGGAUGAAAAGACUUGCAGUAUACACCCAGCCUAUCAUUAGCAAGGCUAGCCCAGAUCUUCUUAGAACGCACUUCCUGCCGACGCUGGAGAAACUGAAGAAGAAGACAAUGAAGAUAGUGGCUGAGGAGGAGCUGCUGAGGUCUGAAAGCAGGGCAGACACUCAGGAAGCUGAACUGCAGAUUCUGGAUGAGUUUGCUGUUCUCUGCAGGGAUCUGUAUGCCUUCUAUCCAAUGCUCAUUCGUUAUGUGGACAACAACAGAUCCAAAUGGCUGAAGCAACCAGAUUCAGAUUCAACUGAACUUUUCAAAAUGGUGUCAGAGAUUUUCAUCCUUUGGUGUAAAUCUCAUAACUUUAAAAGGGAAGAGCAAAAUUUUGUGGUGCAAAAUGAAAUUAACAACCUGGCGUUCCUCACUGGAGACAGCAAGACGAAGAUGUCAAAAUCUGGAGGUCAGGACCAAGACAGAAGAGGAAAAAGGAGAAAAGGAGAGUUGUACUCCAUUCAGACUUCCCUUAUCGUAGCAGCUCACAAGAAGAUAUCCAAAUGGCUGAAGCAACCAGAUUCAGAUUCAACUGAACUUUUCAAAAUGGUGUCAGAGAUUUUCAUCCUUUGGUGUAAAUCUCAUAACUUUAAAAGGGAAGAGCAAAAUUUUGUGGUGCAAAAUGAAAUUAACAACCUGGCGUUCCUCACUGGAGACAGCAAGACGAAGAUGUCAAAAUCUGGAGGUCAGGACCAAGAGAGAAGAGGAAAAAGGAGAAGAGGAGAGUUGUACUCCAUCCAGACUUCCCUUAUCAUAGCAGCUCACAAGAAGAUGUUACCCAUUGGUCUGAACAUGUGCACUCCUGGAGACCAGGAGCUCAUUUCCCUUGCCAAGAUCCGUUACAGUCUGAAAGACACAGAUGAUGAGGUUAAGGAUUACCUGAGGAAGAACCUCCAUCUUCAGGAGAAGUCAGCAGAUCCAGCAGUGCAGUGGCAGUUGAACCUCUACAAAGAUGUUGUGGUGAAGAAUGAGGGACCUCCAGACCCAGAGCAAAAUGUGGAGAGAGUUCAGGCCAUCUCCGCUGCUGUCUACCACCUUGAUCAGGUUGAACAGCCGCUGAGGAACAAGAAGAUGGUGUUUCAAAAGCUGCUGUCAAAGCAAAGAAAGCGUGCCGUGGUGGCUUGUUUCCGCAUGGCACCACUCUACAACUUACCAAGGCAUCGCUCAGUUAACCUCUUCCUCAGUGGCUAUCAGAGACUUUGGAUAGAGACAGAGGAGUACUCCUUUGAGGAGAAGCUAGUGCAGGACCUGGCAAAAACUCCCAUGACUGUGGUAGAGGAAGAAGAGGAAGAAGAAGCUGAAGUUCAGCCAGACCCUCUUCAUCAGCUCAUCCUUCACUUCAGUCACAAUGCUCUGACAGAGAGAAGUUUCCUAGAAGAGGAUCCACUCUACAUUGCUUAUGCUGACAUGAUGGCAAAGAGCUGUGCCGAGAAUGAGGAAGAGGAAGAGGAAGAGGAGGGAAAAGAAAAAACUUUUGAGGAAAAAGAAAUGGAGAAGCAGAAGAUUCUUUACCAGCAGGCCAGACUUCACGCCCGAGGGGCUGCUGAGAUGGUGCUACAGAUGAUCAGUGCCAGUAAAGGCCGACUUGGUCCCAUGGUGACUGGCACCCUUAAACUGGGCAUUUCUAUCCUAAAUGGAGGCAACGUUCUUGUUCAACAGAAAAUGCUGGAUUAUUUGAAGGAAAAACGAGAUGCGGGUUUCUUUAAAAGUUUAUCUGGACUAAUGAUGUCAUGCAGUGUGCUGGAUUUAAAUGCAUUUGAAAGGCAAAAUAAGGCCGAGAGUCUUGGAAUGGUGACUGAAGAGGGGUCAACCAACAUGAGAGAGCGGGGUUCCAAAGUCUUACAAAAUGAUGACUUUACAAAGGAUCUAUUCAGGUUUUUGCAACUUCUGUGCGAGGGACACAAUAAUGAUUUCCAAAACUUCUUGCGGACACAGACCGGAAACACUACUACAGUCAACAUCAUCAUUAGCACUGUGGACUACUUGUUGCGUCUACAGGAAUCUAUAAGUGAUUUUUACUGGUAUUACUCUGGGAAAGAUGUCAUUGACGAGGCUGGGCAACUUAACUUCUCCAAAGCUUUGGCAGUAGCCAAACAAAUCUUUAACUCACUCACUGAGUACAUUCAGGGCCCUUGUAUUGGGAAUCAGCAAAGUUUGGCACACAGCAGGUUGUGGGACGCAGUGGUCGGAUUCCUGCAUGUUUUUGCAAACAUGCAAAUGAAACUGUCACAGGAUUCUAGUCAAAUCGAGUUAUUGAAAGAGCUGAUGGAUUUGCAGAAAGAUAUGGUGGUCAUGAUGUUAUCUCUUCUGGAGGGUAAUGUGGUGAAUGGAACUAUCGGUAAGCAGAUGGUUGACACAUUAGUGGAGUCCUCCAGCAAUGUGGAAAUGAUCCUCAAGUUCUUCGACAUGUUCCUCAAACUGAAGGACCUCACUACAUCUGAUAACUUCAAGGAGUACGACCCAGAUUGCAAAGGCGUUAUAUCCAAGAAGGAGUUCCACAAGUCUAUGGAUAGCCAAAAGCAAUACACACAGUCUGAGAUCGGGUUUCUUCUCUCCUGUGUGGAGGCAGAUGAAAAUGACAUGUUCAACUACAAGGAGUUUGUGGAACGCUUCCAUGAACCAGCCAAGGACAUCGGCUUCAACGUGGCUGUGCUUCUUACUAACCUAUCAGAGCACAUGCCUCACGACUCACGCCUGUCCACCUUUUUAGACCUGGCUGAAAGCGUUCUCAGUUACUUUGAGCCGUACCUGGGCCGCAUUGAAAUCAUGGGGGGUGCCAAGAGGAUUGAGAGGGUUUACUUUGAGAUCAGCGAGUCUAGCAGAACCCAAUGGGAAAAGCCUCAGGUCAAAGAGUCCAAACGGCAAUUCAUCUUUGAUGUGGUCAAUGAAGGUGGUGAGAGUGAGAAGAUGGAGUUAUUUGUGAACUUCUGUGAGGACACCAUCUUUGAGAUGCAGCUGGCCUCUCAGAUCUCUGAGCCAGAUGCAGCAGAACGACCUGAGGAGGAGGAUGAAGAGGAGUUGCACAGUCUGCUUGAAGGCUUGUCUGAGGAGGAAGAUGCAUCUCUUGAGUCGGCCUCGGCCUUCAUAGCGGCCUGCGCCUCUGUGAAGAAGAGCAUGUCUGAUUUCCGUAAAAUGCUGACGUUUAAGAGUAUGAGGAAACAGUUUAAGAAAUUCAGGAAACUGACCAUCAGGGAAAUGAUCACAGGGUUCUUCUCCUUUUUCUGGAUGCUCUUCACCGGGUUCUUCAAAGGCAUUUUCAGCAUCAUCUUUGGGUUCUUCCAUAUUAUUUGGUCCUCCAUGUUUGGAGGGGGUCUUGUGGAGGGUGCUAAAAACAUGAAAGUGACAGAUAUCUUGGGUAACAUGCCUGAUCCAACACAGUUUGGGAUCCAUGGUGAUGUACUGGAAGCAGAAAAAACCGAGAGCAGCGAGUUGGUGGUGUCGGCAGAUAUGGUGCAGAUGACUGGCGCUGCUGCUGAGAAGCUGGAGACGGAUACGAUUAUGGAUCUACUUAAUCCAGCUGUGAAGAAGGAGGGGAAGCAUGGGGCAGAACCUGGUCUGGGUGAUGUCUGUGAAGUCCUGACAGAGUCUAGCGCCCCUGUUGAGAAAAAGAAGAGCCAGAAUGUAGCAGCAGAGAAGCCAGAAUCCGAGCCAGAGAAAGCUGACACUGAGAAUCAGGAGAAAGAAGACAAGGCUAAAGAGGAAACACCUGAGAAACCAGCAGCGGCAAAACCAGCUCCAAGAGCCAAACGUGGCUCACCAAAGGAAGACUCUCCAGCAUUCAUGGCCAGCUUCUUUGCAGGGCUUAAAGUCUACAAAACCAAAAUGCUGAACUACCUGACUCGCAAUUUCUACAACCUUCGUUUUCUGGCCCUGUUUGUGGCCUUUGCCAUCAACUUCAUCCUGCUCUUCUACAAGGUGACUGGAGAAUUCGAUGAUGAGGAAGAGGAAGAGGGAUCCUGGGGUGGUGAAGAGGAGGAAGGUGAUGAAGAUGAUGAAGGAAUGGAAUACUUCAUUCUUCAGGAGAGCACUGGCUACAUGGCACCCACAUUGACGUUCUUGGCUGUACUGCACACGAUCAUCUCCUUACUCUGUGUCGUUGGAUAUUACUGCCUUAAGGUUCCUUUAGUCGUGUUCAAGCGGGAGAAGGAGAUCGCUAGGAAGCUUGAGUUUGAUGGUUUGUAUAUUACUGAGCAGCCGUCUGAUGAUGACAUCAAAGGACAGUGGGAUCGUUUGGUCAUUGCAACUCCGUCCUUCCCUAACAAUUACUGGGACAAAUUUGUUAAGAGGAAGGUCAUCAAUAAAUAUGGUGACUUGUACGGGGCUGAACGCAUAGCUGAACUCCUGGGUCUGGAUAAGAGUGCUCUGGACUUUGAUCCCACUGAAGAAGCCGUGGUGAAGGAAGCCUCCCUGGUGUCCUGGUUGAGCUCAAUUGAUACCAAGUACCACAUCUGGAAAAUGGGGGUGGUGCUGACGGACAACUCUUACCUCUACCUGAUCUGGUACACCACCAUGUCUAUUUUGGGACAUUACAAUAACUUCUUCUUUGCCGCUCAUUUGCUGGACAUUGCCAUGGGCUUCAAGACCUUGAGGACCAUCCUCUCUUCUGUGACCCACAAUGGCAAACAGCUGGUGUUGACCGUGGGGCUCCUGGCGGUCGUGGUCUACCUGUACACCGUGGUGGCUUUUAACUUCUUCCGCAAGUUCUACAACAAGAGCGAGGAUGAGGAUGCGCCUGACAUGAAGUGUGAUGAUAUGAUGACUUGCUACCUGUUCCACAUGUACGUGGGUGUGAGAGCUGGCGGUGGCAUCGGUGAUGAAAUCGUGGACCCAGCCGGUGACCCAUACGAGCUCUACCGCAUUCUGUUUGACAUCACCUUCUUCUUCUUUGUCAUCGUCAUUCUGCUGGCCAUCAUUCAGGGUUUGAUCAUUGAUGCCUUCGGUGAGCUGAGAGACCAGCAGGAGCAGGUGAAAGAGGACAUGGAGACAAAAUGCUUCAUCUGUGGAAUUGGAAAUGACUACUUCGACAGAACCCCUCAUGGCUUUGAGACCCAUACCUUACAAGAGCACAAUCUGGCCAACUAUUUAUUCUUCCUGAUGUAUCUUAUCAACAAAGAUGAGACUGAAUACACUGGUCAGGAGUCGUAUGUUUGGAAGAUGUAUCAGGAGAGGUGCUGGGAUUUCUUCCCUGCCGGAGACUGUUUCCGGAAGCAAUACGAGGACCAGCUGGGCUAGAGGACAUGUUGUCCUCAGUCCUAAUAUGAGAGAAAUCACACACUCCAACCUAUAUGAACUCCUAAUAUCUAUACGGAUUUUAGGACUUUGUACAGGUUGGACACAACAUCCUAAACUAGCUCUCAUCAUAGGCUGCUCACUAAUUCAUCCAAUCAAAAAAACCUCAAUCGUUUCUACACCAGAAAUGACAGCGACAUACUGAGAACUCAUUGUGAUCAAGCCAAAAAUGUGAACUCAAGUGCAACAUCGAGGAAAAAAAAACAACAUGUAGCACACAUUGCCAAACUAAGACACAAAGCCAUGUUUGAUUAAAAAAAAA